UUGUGCGUGGUUUAGCGGUAUUAAACGAAAAUACGUUACCUCAUAAGUAUUUGAACAUGCAUAUGAGGACAGAGAUACAUUAAAAAUAUCACUGGAAAAAUGAACAGUUAUCAUAAAAUAUUGAGCGGAGUUGAUAGGAGUUCUAUUGAUGAGUGCGAUAUUCCUGUGCCUAGACGGAGAUCCAAGAAUACGCUAGAUACACCGAAAGAUACUAAAGUAAAUUUAGAGCAGUGUGGAAAAGACCAUUUAUUGUCAUCUGAGAUAUCUGAACAUAGCAAUCAUGUCAAAUUUUAUAGAGCGAAAUCAAACAGUCUACCUGCUAUUUUCAGUUCACAUUCUUUUAAGAUUGCGAUGAAUACAGAUUCCAUGCCUUGGCAACUUAAAACAAUUGAAGAUAGAUGCGCAGAAUUUUCAAAAUGUCUCAACGAAAAAAAUGCAGCUAAUUCGAUGCAGGACAUUGACGUCACUGUGGAGCUAAAAAGACGAAGCUCCGAACCAGGUGAUUCAAGGCAGUUUUGCAGAUGGUUACAUAAGUUCGGAAUUUGGGGGAAAAUGGUUGCUGUUGUGAUUUUAAUUUUCGUCACUUUUCUUUUAGUCAGAAUGCUUUUAAUCCUUUAUGCUUAGUCAUGGUUGUAGAAAUUAUGAAUUGACGACAUCUCCGGAAUACACAAGGGUAUGGUUGGAAAAGGAGGGUGGUGUAAUUGUUUAUUAUCAUUUGAUUAAAAAAAAGAGUCUUUUUUCGUAAUCCUUUUUUGGUCUUUAUGAUCAAUUCUCCAUAUAUUUGUUUGGCCCAAUUAUUUUCAAUUCUUUAUUAUUUUUACCUAUUUUUUUUGCUUUCUUUAAUUUAUGCCCUUUAUCUGCACUAUUUGGUUUUUUAUGUUUUUUCUACUGUUUAUGUUAAUGAUUUUACCACAACGGUUUUAACUGAAAAAAAUCCUUCCUCGAAUAAACCCCAAACAAAAGCCAGAAUCAAACACCCUGCUAAAUAAAAGUCUCAUUCAACAAUAUUUGAAUAAAUGUAAAAAAAUUAAUUCUCUAAAGUAAUUCUAAGCUUAUCUUGUAAAACUUUAUAAUAUAUAAUGUUUUCAUCUUAUUUGUUUUGUUUUUUUCUUAUCUUUGUGAAAUAUUUAUAUAAUUUCUUAGUUAACUCAUACCCUUAGAGAAAUA